AGAAGCGCGCUGAGCUGUUUAUCAUUGGUGUGGGAUAGAUAUCUACUAACAUGACUAAUGAUGCCCAUUAUGUACCAAUUGGUUGAAGUAUAUCGACGAUUGCGAUUUGUUUGAUAGUCACGAAAUGGAAUAUUACCUUGCCUGUCGUGGAUAUAACUUUGUCAUCAGUGUAAUCGAUUAAGUUAUAUAUAUUCUAUCUAGAACGCAGAAGGGAACGAAGCUAUAACGAAGAGGACACCAAUUUGACUAUUUGCUCCUUUAUAUAGUCUAUAUUAUCAUCGGGUAGCGAUAAAUGAAUACUGCAUUGGUCGUUGCAUUACGAUGACUCUUGUCGAAACUUAUAUGGCAAUAUAUCUUUCUUCAAGAGUGAUCUAAACUUCAUUCACGAGGAUAAACUGCCGAUAACGUAUAAGACUGAACUGAUACUGGGAGAUUUAUAGGACCAGAUAUUCAAAUUAACCAAGAAAAUGGGCCCAUCGGGUGUGAUUCAUAGACGGUUGAUAGAUGGACCGGAUACCAUGUCAAACCAAUGACACCGAUUUGAAGAAAAUGUGAUGAUGAGCGAAUUAUAAACUAUUCUUAACUACUGUUAUUUGAAUACAUGAAUUAGUACACCCUACGUUUCUGUCUCUCAUUUGCAGUUAAUACUGGACUGAAAUUCAAGUUAUCAACGGAAUUCGAUUAAGUGGGAUAUCCUAUAUGGUUUGAAAUAUGACUUGUACUGUAUGCCAAGGUAAUUUCUUCCCAGGUACGAGUCAAUUACCAAGAAAAGACCGGAAAGGGGAUACUAAGGGAGAAACAACUAAAAACAAAGUCAAUCUAUAUGCGCUCAAGUAUGAACAGGUGCUUGAGUUUUCAAAGAGUGAUAGCAAUGUGAUAUUGACUAGUCCGAGGGAAUUAGGAAAUAUAUACUUGGAUAUUCUCUGUGUUUCAUUCUUAAUUUAUUCUUGGUGAGCAAGGACAAUCACUCACUUGUGAAACUACGAAUACAGAGCAACGUCAUAUGUUUUAAUUGGACAGGAUUUAAUUUUCGACGUUCUUUGCAGCGAGCAGUGGGAUUGUUCAAAUCGUCUGAUCUUUACGGGUUACAGAAUUGUCUAUUAACCGCAUAUGACCGAGUUUUAGUAGGAUAAUUUUGUCGAACACACGUGCGGAAGAUUAAUUGCUAAAGACCUUGUUUAAAUAAUCGUGUUGUUUGAUUUCCUUCAAAAGUCAAUUAAUGAUGAUCUGAUUAUAUCAAGGUCGUUGUACGAUAAGGUCAACCAUGCCCAUUGCUAAUCAACCAUUAGCCUCAGACGUGAUACUCAGUACACAGGUGGCAUCCGUGGGAGAAGUUAACCAUGAUAAUACCACCGGCAUUACAACAGGUUUCCCCACCAUGUCAGCUAUCACCGAAGAAGGAUCGACAGUUGACGAAACAUUCACUUUCCCGCAUAUUCCUCUAGGACAGCCCGUCGUCGUAGACCUGGGAAUCGGUUUCGGUCACUUAGAAGGAAUUCAAUUCAAGAUCGCAAUUUCCCUUCUGACAAUCAUUGAAGUUUUGGUGAUUGUGACGAAUAUCAUCGUCUUGAUGACGAUACGACGACAUCGUCAGCUUCGCACGACCACGAGUAUGUACAUCAUCAGUCUAGCGAUCAGCGAUCUGUGCUGUGGGUUUGGGAUGCCUAUCGGGUUGCUCGCGAAAUACAUCCCAGAUAUUUUCCUACAUUCGUUGUAUAUUUGCAUCUUGCCAUUUUGUGUUCUGUUGACGGUGCUAGCAUCCGCCGUUUUGAACCUUCUCGCUGUUUCAAUAGAUCGAUAUAUCGCUUUGAGGAAUCCUCUACGGUAUACCGCGAUCAUGACCAAAAAGCGUUCCAGGAUCAUUAUAAUCAGCGUGUGGAUAUUCUCCUUCAUCAUUGGUUGUUUGCCAUUUGUCUGGCAUAACAAGGAGACAUACAUACCCCACAGCAACACCGGAUAUUGUCAGUGGUACAGAGUUGUCAAAAGAGGUUACAUGAUAAUGUAUACAGUAUUAAUCUUAUCUAUCCCGAUAGUCACCAUAAUUGCACUCUACAUCCAGAUAUUUUCUAUCGCCAGGAGCCAUGCAAAGAGUAUCGAUUCCAGAGCUCGAGUCGCUGCUCCUUCAAGGGCACCAGCACUACCACCAUCGAUUACCGAGACGUCGAAUGUGCAUACCACUGUGUCAAUCCCGCAGCAAGGAAUACUUCGCAAGAAACUCUCAGACACUGGAAGCAUGUUGUCUACAUCGUCUGGAACCUUGACAUCUAAACUCAGUUAUGAAACUCGAGUCGCGUUCACUAUCGGAAUGAUUGUUUUAUCAUUUGUCGUCUGCUGGUUGCCAUUGACAAUAUCCCUCUUGCUAGGUGUUUUGGGCGGAGGGAAUUGUAAGGUUUCGCCUGAAGUCCGCGGCUGGCUAGGUCUUCUGGCGCUCUUAAAUAGCUGUUUCGAUCCAUUCAUCUACAGCAUCAGGACAAAAGAUUUUCGACAAGCAUUUCGGGAGCUCCUCACGAAAGCAAAGUUCAGAUGUGUGAACCGAGUUUGUAUCCAGAGAAUAGACGAAAAUGAUCACGAAAACAACCGCGUAUCAGCUAGUUACCCUAUGGUCUCCCGCGGUUCGACCGCCAAUGGCAUCUCAAUAAUUGGUGCAACUUUUAAUGUUACUAAUGGUAACGAUGUUGGAUGUCCCACGAAUCAUAAAGAUGGUUCGUGUGUUGUGAAAUCGUGCGACAGCAUAAUGACACUGACAGCUGAAAGAACUGAUUCCCAUCAAGAAUUGAAUGGUCAUGUCCAUUAAUGGGCAUAUUUCUCAAAUGUAUAGACUACUAUAUAACCACAAGUAGCGAAUGUAUUCUGUAUACAGUAAACUUGGUUAGAUCAUAGAGCUAUUAUGGUUAGAUGUGCAAAUCAGUCACAGUACAUUAGACGCGUAUCUUUGAGCUGUUGAUAAUGACAUGAAGAAAACAUUUUCCCAUAUCAUCUUCUAGUUCCCAAACAGUGUAGUAGACCUGUAUGAAAGAAUACAAUUUCGUCACCUUUAAAAUGCAAAUGCUGCAAGUUGACCCAAUUUGCUAAUAUGUUGGAUACAGGUAAUAUUUCCCCUUUAUAUUUGUUUUACCUGAAAUAUGCAAAACAUAUCUAGUUAUUUUUGAGAGCUAAGGAGCUCAUUACAUGCGAACUGCUUAUUAAGCCCGAUGUUUUACCCGAAUCGGUCAUAUUUAUAGAAACGUAGCCAUACUUUCCAUGGUUACGAUACGUUUCAAACGAAUUACUCAAACGAAUAAUACUCAACGAAUAUUCAAGGGAAUGUAAAGCCAAUGUGA